UUUUAUUUGGAGUGUGUUUUCAGUGCAGGUGUGUGGAAGGGUUACUAUGGUACAACACCUGAGCUAUCAUACAUCGUCACAACAACAGAGGAGGGUCUUCCCUGCACAGGUUACCUCAAAAACAACUUCAGCCACUCCUGAAAACAGUUUGUUCAUGAACACAGAACUUCACUUCUCGGCUCUCAACAAGGUGCUCUGCAGCAGAAAUGCCCAGUAAACUGGAGGGAGCCAUGGAUGCACUCAUCACAGUCUUUCACAACUACUCAGGGAGCGAGGGAGACAAAUACAAACUCAGUAAAGGAGAGCUGAAGGAACUUCUUGACAGUGAACUCACAGACUUCCUCACGUCUCAAAAAGACCCCAUGCUGGUGGAAAAGAUCAUGAACGAUCUGGACUCCAACAAAGAUAACGAGGUCGACUUUAAUGAGUUUGUGGUGCUGGUGGCGGCGCUGACAGUUGCAUGCAAUGACUUCUUCCAGGAACAACAGAGGAAGAGAAGCAAAGAUGAAAAGAAAGGCAAAUGAAAUGGAUGCAUGAACGUACCUGCUUGUGUAAUGCUCUGUGAUGCAUUAAACCAUUUGUCAUGAACCAGACCACGUCCUUAUGUUAGCCAUUUACUGUCAAUCCUUGGUUUGUAUCAAAGGCAUUCAUUAAAUAAUAAUACAUUUUAAUUUCAAUUAUUUAAAAUGACUUGAUUUCUGAAAUGAAAAGAUGUACUUAUCAAAAGCUGGACUUUAUUAUCCUAUACCUGUAGAAUACAAUGGAUCUGACCUCUGCUU